CAGGCCUCUGCCGUCUCCCACUCCUCUCCCUCUUCAAAGACCAGCAUCCAGGUGACGUGGCAGCCGGACUCAAACCCGACCGUUGGAGCGGUCCAGUUCCAAGCCUCCUUUGUUCAGAGCUACACAACUUUCUGGGUCGGAGUGAAAAGUCCGGUUCUGAGUCUGAAUGGGAGCAACGCCGCAGUUACCGGGCCGACUUCCAUCUCCAAUGUCGGCUGCGGUUCCACCAAGCUGUGCUUCAGCCAGCCCACAAACUGUGAUCCCUCCACCAGCUCCAACUGCUUCUUCAUGUCAGCCAGGCUUCUGACUCCGCCCAAAUCCGGGGUCCAGUAUGAGCUGUCCGGACCUGCUCAAGGAUACGUAGCUUUUGGGUGGUCAGAUGAUCAGAUGAUGGGUCAAGAUGACAUCUACCUCUGUGGCCUGAACAGUACUGGAGCUGUUGAUGUGCAGCGGGCCUUCUCUGUUGGACACACAGCUCCAACGGUUCAACCUAAGGGAGCCAUCUCAGAUAUACAGACCUCCAACCAGAACGGGGUCCUGGCCUGCACAUUCACCUCCAAGAACGCCAUCUUCACUUCCAGCAACUUCAGCUUCACCUCCAACCAACUCUUCUACCUGCUGCUGGCCUAUGGACCCAGCUCCAACGGUAGGAAGACCCUGACUCUGCAG